AUGCGGGUGUUCCAAUCCAUACUCAUUCUCGGAGCGCUCCGUCAUCAGACUGUCGCUCGAACGCUUCCUUUGCAUGGCGGUAAGACGCCAGAACAACCGUUUGUGAUCGAAUCCGACCCGACCCUAGUCGCAAGCGCCAACGCCAACUUGACUCAAUUUGUCAACAUCUUCGUCGGCACCGAGGCCAACAAUGAUCCGGGCGAUGUCUUUGCAGGUGCCUCGGUUCCCUACGGUAUGGCCAAGGCUACGAUCAACGUCGAGGGCUACGCUCCUGCAGGCUACGUCUGGCCGUCUGACCAGCCCACGCGCGGCGUCAGCCCUCUCCACGAUUCCGGCACCGGGUCGAGCGACGGUAGCUACGGAAACUUCUGCAUCAUGCCCGUCCUGUGCACCAACAACGCGAUCGAUGCGUGCCCAACGCUUCUCGACCCACGCAAGCGUCUGCGCCGCAACCACACAGAUCACGGCCGGCCCGGCUACUUCACCACUACGCUCGACAAUGGCAUCAAGAUCGAACUCACCAGCGCCCGCAGAAGCACGCUCGAGAAGUACACCUUCCCCGCACACGAGAUGCAGCGCAUGAAGUCGACUCCGCACCUGGUGCUCGACUGGACCAACGACUCGCCUGGCACUUUCAGAGGAGGCGAGAUGAAGGCUGAUUGGGAGCAGGGCCGCCUGAUGAUGAACGGCACCUGGUUGAGCUCCUUCGGCCCGGGCGACUUUCACUAUCAUGCCUUCCAGUGCGUUGAUCUCAAGUUCAACGGCAAGCAGCAGCUGUCCAGGCAUGCAUUCUUUGGCGGCAACCGUCAGGGCUACGACACGAAGCGCACCGAUCUUGAUCACUGGGUUCGAUUGGCACAGGAGGUCGGACAGUAUCAAGCGGGUGCAGUUGUCGGAUUUGAGACCAAUUCGCAGGCCGAGCAGGACGUCACCAUCACCAUACGUCGUGGCGUGUCAUUUGCCUCAGCAGAGAAUGCGUGCCGCAAUAUGGAAAGCGAGAUCGGCGAUUGGAAUUUUGACGCCACCGUUGCAGCCAGCGAGUCGCAGUGGGAAGAGAAGCUCCAACGUAUCCAGCUGAGCCCUUCCACACCUGACUACAUCCGACGUUUGUUCUACACGAGCUUCUACCGCACCUUCCUUUCGCCCAACAAUGCUACCGAGGAUGGCCCGUUCCCCACGACGUCGCCCUACUUUGACGGCAUGUACUGCACUUGGGACACUUUCCGCACGCUGUUCCCAUUCCUGUCGCUGUCGAGCCCAGUCGAGUUUGCCCAGAUCGUGGAGACGUACAUCGAUGGCUGGAGGAAAGAAGGCUGGCUCCCCGAGUGCCGUGCCAACCAGGUCAAGGGCUACGUUCAGGGUGCCAACAACGGCGUGCCCGUGCUCGCCGACUUUGCCGUCAAGUACGCCAAGGCAGCAGCGUCGCUCGGCGUCAACACUGAUGAGCUGUACCAGGCGAUGCAGCAUGAUCUCGACGUGCCAUCGCCGCAGUGGGAGUACGAGGGUCGUCAAGCCGGUCCCUACCAGCUUUACGGCUACGUUCCAUUCGGUUACCUCGACCCGGCUUCGGUAGGAGAGCAGACGCGAGAGGCGAGUCGUUCGCUCGAAUAUGCCUUUGGUGAUUUCACGGCGGCAAUGACGGCACAGGCAUUGGGCAAGCCGGAAGAAGAUAUGCAGCGAUACGCAAAGGCGUCGUUGAACUACAGUCUCAACUUUGAUCGUCACACGACCAGCGAUGGCUUCACCAAUUUCGUGCAGCGCCGCUUCGCCAACGGCACCUUCAUGGCGAGCGAUCCGACGUUCUGCUCCCCACUCGACAACAACUCUAGCCAUGCAUGCAGCCUGCAACCCGAGAACGAUUUCGGUGUCUACGAGUCGUCAUCGUGGGAGUACAGUUACUACGCUCCGCAUGACAGGAACGGGCUGGUCCAGUUGAUGGGAGGUAAUGCCACCUUCGAGAAACGACUGGACCACUUCUUCAGCAAGGGAUACUACGCACCUGGCAACGAGCCGAGCUUCGACACGCCGACCAUGUACCACUUUAUCGGCAAACCGUAUCGUAGUGUGCAGAGGGUAAGGGAGGUGGUGAACGAUAACUUUUCGUUGAAGCCCGGCGGAAUUCCAGGCAACGACGACAAUGCAGCCAUGGCUUCGUUGCUCGGAUGGUUCUUGCUUGGAUUCUACCCGACGCCCGGAACCAAAGAGCUACUGGUGCUGUCGCCGUUCAUGCCGGCUUACACGAUCAACAACCCUGUGCUCGGCAAAGCCACUGUGACGGUGACCGGCUACGACGAACGGUCGAUCGGUGGAACGAUCGCGAAGGGCGUCAAGGCAUAUGUGGAGCGCGUGCUGAUCGAUGGCAAGCCGCACGGCUCGCGCUGCAGGAUGAGCUUCGAUGACCUCUUCCCUGGUCAAGCGGAUGCCGAGAGGAAGGUAGAGAUUGUUCUGACGGAGAACGAGAUCGACGGAUGCGGCGACAACCCUGCAGACGAACCUGCUUCGCUGUCGACAGGCGGCUUUUUUGAGUUUCAGGAAGAGGAGAAGACCAAGGCAUGA